CCCUGAACGCCCACGGUUGUAAACAUAGUGGGAAUCUAAAAGCACAGACGGGAAGGUGUAGAAGACAGUCUGCAAGGAUUUUCAAUAGUUAGCCUUAAAUGAGAACGACAUGAAGUUUUUUGGGAGAGUAGCUUUCUUGUUAAUCAUAGCAGUUCUUCUGCUCUACUUCACCUCUGAAACUGAAGCCAGAGGAGGCCGUGGUGGUGGUGGCGGCCGAGGGGGUGGACGAGGAGGCAGUCGCGGUAGCUCCAGGGGAGGAGGGGGAUGGUUCUCCUCUGGAGGAAGCCGUAAGAGCAGUGUUGGGUAUGGUGGAGGCCUGAAGAGUGGGGGCUAUGCCAGCUUUGGCUCACCCAGUCGGUGGUCAAAUGUAGGUGGUAGACGAAUAUAUUUCGUCGGGUAUUAUCAUGGACAUCACUACCAUGGAGGACAUUCUUAUAGGGGUUCAGGCAACCCUUAUGAAGGCCGUAAGUACUCAAAGUAUUUUUUUAUUUUUUAUUUGUUUAUUCAUCCAUUUAUUUUAAUGUUAGGACUGUGUUUACCUUCCCUUUAUUUUAUUUUCUCAUCGGUUACACAUAAAUACUCUAUGUGCAGACACACACACUCACACAUACACAUACACUGCCACCACCCACACAAAUUCUAGAUCUAUUAAUCAUUAACUAGACCCCUUCAAAGCAAUUAAGUAUUGGCAACACACAUGCAGAAACAGCAUAUCCUCCAUUGUAACCAAUAUAUAACUGUUGGUAAAACAAUAACAAAAUUGGUGAACUUGUAGAUAUUGUAUUUAUAGAAUCAGAUACAGUAUCUGCUUAAUAAUGGCUUGAUAAUGAUGAAAAUCUUAGGAAAGGGAAUCAGAAGUGAAGCAGUUAUGAUUUUAUAUAAAAUCAUUCAUACUUAAAUAAUCUUCCCUAUGUUAUAAUGUGUUACUUUUUUAAUGGUUUGUUUUUUAAUGUAAACAAUGUCAGACAUAAACCAAAUUACUUAUCACAUUAUUUGUAUUACUUUCUAUUUCAACUAUUUAUGAUUAAAGUCACAAUUAGUUAACACCCCAAGAGUCGCAGAUUCCAAGAUACCCCAGUAGGCAUAGUGGUUCUUUCACUAGGAGGUGACAUUUGGAUUAAUGCAUACAGAAGUUUCUUGAUACCACAUUGCUGUUAUUUGGGCUUAUGUGUUUCUGUUUGCUUUGAUUUUAUAUUUAUUCUUAAACGAUUAGUAUCAUUAGAAUUAUUUCAAGUGGACACCUUACCAGAUGAUGCAUUCUACACAUUUACUGUGUUUAUAAUUUGAAGCCAAAAAAAAUCAUUAUGUAAAAAAAAAAAAAUAUAUAUGGAAUUGUGAUUAGGGGAGGUCACCAGUUUAUACUGUUUCUGCAUAAGUACACUGUAUAUGUGUGUUGCUGGGAUAUAAUAACAUCAUAUGUAAUUUUCAGAUUAAAGUAAACUAAUCAGUA